AUGGCUGGGUUCAGCGUGCGGAAUGCGUACUACCUUCGUGUAUCAGCAAGCUCAGUGAUACCUUUGUAUCUCUACCUUGAUGAAAGACACGUAGAUUGGAUGUCAGACGCGGUUCUACAACAUGUUCUGGCUGAUCUGCGACCACUGGUCCUGCCGAAGCUGCAAGCUGAGAAAGACAUUCACUUUGGUCCUGGAGCCUCGAGCGGGAAGAAGGGAGCAGUGGACGUUCAUCGGGGAGAGACCUAUCAGUUCGCAUUUUUCUUCCAGAAGACGGAGCCUCAUUCUGUGAUCAUCAAGACGCGUUCAUUUGUGUCAGCACCAGCACCCGCACCUCCUCCUAAGAUUAACAUACCUUCAUCACAGCCGGGAAAGUCUAAGAAUAGAAGUGGGAAGAGGAAAAACAGGGCGUCGAAUAAGGGUGCUCAAGCAGAGGAGGAGGAGGAGGAGGAGGAGGAGGAGGAGGAGGAGGAGGAGGAGGAGGAGGAGGAAGUCAUAAGCCUCUCAGAUGACGACAGCGAGAUGAAUGAGAUGGAAAGAGUUUCUCGAGAUACUCCCGCUACGACUCGACGUUCGCAGAGAACAAAAAGGGUUCCUGUCGGGGGCUAUCGUGAGGAUGACGAGGGCGUUCUGGACAUUAGUCCUGAUGAACCUCCAGAUGUGGAGAUGGCCACCCCGACAGAGACUUUCCAGCCAGAAGAGGUUCCUGCAGUUGGAGAACCUAGUGACCACGAUCUCCUUGUGAUAGAUCACAGAGCUGUUCAGUCAACCACUGUUAAACAAGAAGACACAGAAACGUCGUUGGGAUCUACUAUGGAAACCGCUCUUGAUUCCGAAACUGUCAUGGUUACUUCUGGGCCCGGUCGGCAGGUCAUGGAGAUCGAGGACGAAGACGUCAAAAAGGAUAAGCUGGCGCUGAAGCUCAAAUACCAAGGUUUCAACAUCUUUGGCCGUUGUCUCUGCGUGGUCGUGGAGCCGUGGCCGCCUAUUCGUUCUGCUACGCGAGCGCCGUCCGUAAUGCCUUUGACAAACGAGGCAUUAAGAGGCUCGAGCAUCGCACCUCCUGAUUUCGUGCCUAGUAAUAGCAAGCAAAGAGACCGCACGCCUCUCUUCUUGCCAGAGUUCGACAGAGCUCGAAGUCAAACUCCUGCUCCCUUUCCUCGAGCAAGGACCUUACCUCCAGUUCCCGUCUUCAAUGACCCGGCCCCCGAAUCUGAUGACGAUGGAUAUGGUAGUGAUGAUCUCAUGAUAUUCAGCCAGGCGCUCAAUGCAGCUGGUGGCAUGCACGUUGCAGCUGCAGAUGACGAUGAUGAAAUGGAUGGUGCGGUAUUAUUCGGGGAUGCAGAUGAGGUGAGGGAGUUUUCGUAG